CUCAGUAUACAGUGCAUUGAAAUGAUCAGGAUGGUUUCCGGUUAUGUCAUUCAUGAAAAGGAAUGUCUUGAAGCUGUAUAUAAGCAGUCGAUGCGAGAAGUUUGUCAUUGUGAAAGGUUACUCCAAAUAACAGGCAGUAAAAAUGAAGGUUGUUUUGGCUUUGUUGGUUGUCUUUGGUGCCGCGUCCUAUGCUCUAGCAGGCAGUUAUGGCCCUCAAGUUGGAAGGGGCUUCCAAUACGGCCAAUAUUACAAACCUAGUGUCGCCUAUCAACAGCUUGGUGGCUAUCAACAGUUGGGCGGCUACCAACAGUUGGGCGGCUACCAACAGGUUGGAUACCAAGGGAUGGGGACGUACGGAAGGGGUGGAAUGUUAGGGGGUUCCAACACGGGUUCUAUCUUACCACUUCUCCUGAUAUUCCUCAUGUUGGCCAUUUUCGCUCCGUUGUUGAUUGGUUCCUUGGUUUCUAGUAACGAAACUGUGUUUGGAUCUAGCAAAUAGAAACAAAACAGGUAGGGGCAUGGUAGUACAUGUAUGUAUACUUUAAAAAAAAAAAACACGUAGAAGGAAUUUCUCAGACGAUAACCUAGGAUGCCGAGAGAUAUUGUUGGAAAAUAAAACCCGAGCCCGAAGGUCGAGAUCGAAAGGGUAUCUUUAACAAUUCCAGCAACGAGGUAGUUAUUUCAUUCACACAACGGUGAUAUAGCAAGACGCACGCAGUUCUCUUUAGGAAGUGUUCAGCUAAUUGCCUGUGACGUCAAGGUAUAAAAUUUCCAGUAAAUCAAAUGUUGCAACAAUGAUUGUUGACGUCUAUUGGAAAUUCAACACUGGCGGGGCGUGGUAGAAUGAAUAUUGUCGUAUAAGUUGAAUGGGGAAAAAAAGGUACCUUGCAAAAAUAUAUUCAUACUUUCUUUUCUUUUUACUCUGGUAAACGGCAUACGGCAUGCAUUGAAGCAAAAACUUUCAAAAUGCAUUUAACAAAGAAAAAGUCUUGCUUGUGCUAGAGUUAUAUUGAUAAAUUAUAAGGCAUUUCUUGUUAUCAUUUCAGGAACUUGAAGGAAAAGGGAUUUUUUCUGUUUUGCUGCCUGUGACACAAUAAAACGUUUGCUAUCAA